AUGACAGCAACUGACGAUCAGGGCGUCAAACGAGAAGCCGUGGCGUGUUUGCAAGGAGAUGCCUUACAACAACACUGUCAAGCAAUCACCUGUCGCUGCUUCAAUAUUAACAGCGAUAUCUUGGGCGCCCAUUAUUUCUAUACCGCUACUUCGGACUUGGGCAAUUUCAGCAUCACACGACUGCAGGAGGUGAUCCUAGCAUCUGAUGAUGCUCACCUCUGGUACCAGCCAUGUGAAGACAUACAUCUCAACAUUCACGAGGAUAUCGAUUUAUACCAUCAAACUCCGAUCCAGACCAUCUGGGGCCUUUUUGAUUGGCACAUCUGCACCGCCAGAUAUACACCUCUCACCCCUGGCUAUGCGAUCCGAUUAGCCCGUUCACCCUCGACACCUUAUAUACCGGACCAAUAGAGAUAGCCAACCCGGGCUAAUUUAUCUCGCUCUAAUUUGAAAGCACUUAGAUCUAAGCCAAUAGCCUUUGUAACCCCCUUUGACAUGAAACGAAGCCCACAGCAACUGCCGAUUAGCUGAGAAACAUAUCCGAGGUGCAAGUCACAUGGAUGGGAC